AUGGCCGAUCCAUUAUGCAAGUCCUGUAAUACGGCUAUCACAGCUCGUUCCAAAAGUGUUAAGUGUGAUGGUUUUUGUGAAAACGUUUUUCAUGCAGCAUGCCAGGGGCUGUCAGCUGAUGUGAUAAAAAACAUUGAAAAGGUCAAUGGUUUACUAUGGAAAUGUCAGUCAUGCUGUACUUACUCCAAUGAGGUAAAGCAACUUCUAGACGUCAAACUUGCAAGUCUAUCUGAAAAUAUUCAACUUCUAUUUUCUACUUUCCGUACGGAGUUUAUGGAAAUGGCUGCAAAAAGGGGUAAUCUACCAGAACCUGGGCCUUCCGGUAUCAAGAAAUCUUAUUCGUCGGUAGCUAAGGGUAAAUCUGCAAUCAUCAUUCAACCGAAAGAUACCACCCAAGCUGUGCAAACUACCAAAUCAGAUUUACUUCAAUAUGUUGAUCCAGUUUCCGAAAACUUACAUAUAUCUGGAGUGAAGAAUAUAUGGAAUGGUGGCAUGCUGGUAGGCUGUUCGUCUGAUGAUGACAGUCGGAAGUUGAGGCAGAUAGCUGUCGAAAAAUUGGCUGAUAAAUAUGAAAUUAAAGAGGUAUCCAGCUUUCAUCCUAGAGUGCGUAUCGCAGGCAUGACUUGUAAACUGUCUGAAGGUGAUGUUAUCAAGUCCAUUCGUGCACAGAAUAAGGAAGCGUUUACUGAACAUUCUCAAUGUAAGGUGGUUGAAAUCAAGCCCAUCAAAAAACGGAAUGACAUUUAUCAAGCUGUUAUUAAUCUUGAUAUGGAUACAUACAAUAAGGUUUUGUCUGUGUGUAGCGAUUUGGAAAACGUAGGAGUACGAGGAGGACUAGCCAGUGGGGUGAUGUCAGGAGGGAAUGGAUUUCUAAUUAAAUGGAGUGAACUGCAAGAUGGAUAUAGAGUGCGCUAUCCAUACGGAUUGAGUUAUGAAGGAAGUGUGAGAAAUGCAUAUGUAGAAUGGAGCGUGUGUCAAGAAAGCUAUGCGAGGGGUGUAGAAUGGAGCGAAGAACGUUGUCAGCAGUAUUACUACAUUGGUACGAGUAUGAUGGGCUCCAUAGUAUGUGAAAGGUGCAUCAUAGGAGCAAAGUAUGCUCUAUUUAGUAUCUACGAUGAUGGAUAUGUUAAUAAGAUGCACAUACAUAGUAAGCACCUAGCAAAGUGCUUGUAUUGUGAAAGAAGAAUAGCAUCGAGCAGUGUACGUCAGUGUGACAACAGUCCGUUGGGAGCGAAGCAGCUAUAUAGUUGCCUAAGAAGGAAGGUGUCGAAGUCAUAG